CGCGGGCUGCAAAAAGCCGUUAGUAUCAAUUUUCUUUCUCACAUAGAUAUCUCAAUACUUGGGUAGGAAAUCUCGCACUUGAUCUACAAUGGUUUCUGGCAGAUGGAUAGAAACAGGAGCGGAUCUGUGGAAGGACAAGGCUAAUUCACUGCAGUUUCGGCUGCGGAACCGUUUCAGGGUCGCCGUCGAUCACCACCGACGCCGCCCGAAGCUCUCAGAAGGGUACUUCGUGUCCACCAUAGAGCGAUUAGUCAAGCGGUUCAGCGAUUUUCGUCAGGAUUCUCUGCCUUCGUCCACCAUUUUCUACCGCAAAAGAGUUAGCAAGGACAUUGAUCCAGAAGCAGAUUCAGUACUGGCACGCAUGCUUCAGGCUGUUGCUGUUCCUCUUCUUGGAAAUGUGUGCCAUGUAUUUAUGCAUGGACUUAAUCAAGUGCAGAUAUAUGGUGUAGAAAAACUACAUAAAGCUGUGCUCAACCGGCCAGGAGACAAGCCUUUAAUUACGGUCAGCAAUCAUGUUGCUUCUAUGGAUGAUCCACUAGUCAUUGCUGCAUUGCUUCCCCGAAGUGUUAUUUUCAAUGCACAAACUUUGAGAUGGACACUAUGUGCAACUGAUCGGUGUUUCCGAAAUCCAGCAACAUCGGCAUUCUUCAAAUCUGUUAAAGUCUUGCCAGUUUCCCGUGGUGAUGGAAUUUAUCAAAAGGGUAUGGACAUGGCUAUCUCAAAACUCAACUGUGGUGGAUGGGUUCACAUAUUCCCUGAAGGUAGUCGUUCUCGAGACGGUGGGAAAACCAUGGGCUCUGCAAAAAGAGGCAUUGGAAGGUUGGUCCUAGAUGCUGACCGUGUACCAAUAGUUGUCCCAUUUGUGCAUACUGGGAUGCAAGAGAUAAUGCCCAUAGGAGCCAAGUUUCCCAGGAUUGGAAAGUCGGUGACUAUACUUGUUGGUGAUCCUAUUGUUUUUGAUGACCUUCUUGCUGCGGAGGGAAAUCACAACAUAUCAAGAGGAAAGCUCUAUGAUGCUGUUUCUGCUAGAAUUGGUGAUCGUUUACAGAAGCUAAAAACACAAGUUGACAGAUUAGCAGCUAAACAAUCACUUGAUCAAGAGAGUUGCUUAGUGGAAGCUGAUUUGGAGGAUAGAAUCGGUGGUGCAGAAGAUGAUAGAAACAAGGACUCGUAUUUUAGAAUGGGCUUCUCUGGUUAUUAUGGCGGUUUCAGAUCAAGAGUCAAGAAUUACAUGGAUUCAACUGACCUAACACUCUUCUCAGCUAGAGGUUUGUUUGUGAGGAAGCACGGUGCAAACACAAAGACCAUUCAAGAUAUUGGUCCACUGCGGCCAUGGCAUAACUUCUUGAGAUCCAACUGCAGAUUAAACUAUUCUGCCUAAAGAGGAUGUAGGCAUUGCUCAUUGCUUUAUUAGUAUAAAUAUAGAUAGAACGAUUUUUAUUUUGCUUUUUUUAUUUUGUUUUUUCCACGUUUCGGUUCGUUUACUAGUGAAAGUUAAUAGCUUCUAGUUAUCAUGUAGUACACGAUUGCAAGCCGAAAUCCAAAUGAGAACUAUCCAUGGGAUAAUGGGACAGUUCGGGCUAAUCCAACUGAUCAAUCUAUUAUUAUUGAUCUCUUAAUUUCUACAGUUUCCAAUGAGG